AUGUCAACGUCUAAAGUUAUUGAAUAUAUUAAUGAUAAAUUACAUAGAAGAUGUCAGCCUAUUGUAUUUACAGACUUAAUGAAUAAAUUUCACAUUGGGCCAUCUGACGCAAAACAAACAAUGUAUAAUUAUUAUAAAGAGACAACUACGAUGAAAUUCAAUUGUAUAAUCAUGAUAUGUUAUAAAGAUGGUACAAUAAAAAUGGCUACCGACCUAAAUGAAACAGAAACACAGAGCUCAAAUAACAUACUGGAUUGUUUUAUCUAUGCAUUCAACCCAAAUAAAGAGUUUACACCGGUUUAUGAGUUAAACGAUCAAUGUGGUUCAAAUUUAAUAGUUAAUCCAUAUAAGUUGGUUAUUGAGGAUGAGAAGAGGGUGGAAUCUGUUGGUUCUCCAAUCAAAAGAUCCCAGACGGAUUCCAAAGUGAGUAAUGUUAAAAAAGAUAUUGUAUUUAAUCCUGUUAGAUCUAAGACGGAUAGUGCUGUUAAUAGUAAGAGCAAUAGCAGUGAUAAGAACACAAGUAAAAAAAACGAGCCAGCUAAACCUAAGAAAUCAAUAGGAUUGAAAUCCACGGAAAUAUUGGCUAAAAUGAGAAAAGCUAGGGAUGAAAAAGAAGCUGAAAGACAAAGGCAAUUGAAACAAAGAAAGCAAGAAGAAGAGGCUAAUAAACUGAAAAGACUGAAUAAUGAUCCAACAAGAAAGGCACAAAUGGAGGAUCUUAAUAAGUUAUUUGUUGAUAGUGAUGAGGACGACGUUGUAGAUGUUGACAUGAACAAUAAUAAAAAUACAAAUGAGAGUAAUAAAAAAUCUGAAAUUGAGGACUCAGAUGUUGCUACUACUACCACAUCAACAAUAAAGAUGAAUAAAACGAUAGAUGGUAGUAAAUUAGAAAGUUUGCCAGACACCACAGUAGAGGAUUCGCUUCUAGAGAUUGAGAGAGAUGAGCCAAGUAAUAAUAAACAAAAUAAUGAGGCGGUAGAUCCAAGAUCCAAGAUCGAAUCAAUAAAUCCCUCAGAAACUUCAGAAGCUGAAAACAAAGAACAGGCAAAGAAGGAGCCACUUGGAGAGGAAUCUAUUGAGGAAAUUGUUACAUCAUAUGUAGAUGAGGAUGGUUAUAUUGUUACAAAUAGAAAAAGACCGCAGCCUAUAAGCACCAAUAGUGACAAUAGUAAGAGGAGUAUUGGACAAUCAAGUAGUCCAAAGAAAGUAACUUCUAGGGCCAAGUCAAUAUUAGCUAACUUUGGAAAUGCAUCUAAGAAGAGUUCACUACCACCCAGAAAAAAAGUUAAACAAGGUUCUAUUGAAAGUUUCUUCAAAAGGUCAUGA